UUUUUAAACUUACCCUGUAUAUACAAAGAUGGCGUCGAAGAAACCGUGUAGAUAUGGCGGGAAUUGUUAUAGAAAGAACCCACAGCAUUUACGGGAUUAUAGCCAUCCAAAUGAUUCACCAGAGUCAGAUGAGGAAGCAAACAAUCCCAAAAGAAAAAGAGCGAAUGAUGUCAUCGAUUCAGAGGAAAAUGAAACGAAAAAAACUAAAGGUGUGGAUUCGCCAAAAGACAAUGAUCCUGAAGAGGCAUCGGAGAGCCCCAAUGAAAGCAGUUGUGAUGCCAAAGCAGAAGAAGAAACUGAUUCAGAUCAAAUGGAUAAUGACAUCCCAUCCCCCGAUAAUGUUAAAGAUAACAUUAAGCAAAAGUAUCUUAUGGAAAUGCCAGAAGAUUUUUACCAAUUUUGGGAGUUUUGCAAAGAGCAAAAUAAAUCACAACCAGAAAACGCAAUGUAUUCAUUCCUGGGUUGGAAGCUAGUCGGACCAUAUGACAUUCUUGCGGGAAAACAUAAAGGAAUCAGCAGAAACAAGAAUGGAAGAAGGCCUAACUACCUCUUGCACUACCGCUAUUACUAUGAUCCUCCAGAAUUUAUGACUGUUAUUAGAGGUGAUGACAAAACUCAGUUCCAUAUUGGAUAUUUCAGAGAUGUUCCUUCAGAAAUGCCAGUGUUUGUUGCUGUGAACCAAGCAGCAGAUUCAUGUAACAUAGUGCCUAGAGGAGAAAACAUAUUUGGUGCUGUGAAAAAUAUCAUUGAUGAAACAUUAAAAGCAAAAUCUACUGAUCAGGAAAAGAAGAAAAAGAUGGAACAUUUCCAGAGUAAAUUGGUUAACUUUGCGCAGACCAAAGGCAUUUGUUUAGCCUUACAAAGCCCUUCAAUGAAACAACGCAAUAAAAAAGUUGUUUGCAAGAGUUUUCAUGGGGCUGGAAUUGUUGUUCCUGUUGACCAGAAUGAGGUUGGCUAUAGGCCAGUACCGGAAACACCAGCUGAUUUAAAGAAAAUGUUGAAGAAAGUCGUGGAUAGUAAAACUGAAAAGGAAAGAGACAAGAAUAUGGACCCUAUUCAAGAACUUGUGACACUUGUACAGUUUGCAAAUGAUGAAUGUGAUUAUGGGGAGGGACUUGAACUUGGCAUUGACCUAUUUUCCUAUGGAGGAGAUGUCCUUCAUCCCAUUGUGGAACAUUUGCUCCCCCUCGCUUAUCAGCUUCUGGGACGUUUUGAAUACAAAGAAAUUAUUGAGUUGCAUUUGCGACACAGAUCGCAUAAAGUUAACAAUGAACUGGAACUCUGAAAAAUAAUUUCAGUUUCUUCCGAAAAUGCCAGCAACCAUAGAUAAUAUGUAUAGUUUACUUGUAUUCAUAGUUUGUACCUAUUUUCAAGUAAAGCAGAUAUGUACACAUUCAA